CGGGAUUGCAAGGAGAAGUAGGACCUCGAGGACCGGAAGGACCGAUUGGACAGAGCGGAGAGGUCGGGCCAAAAGGAGUGCCUGGGCUACAAGGACUGCGUGGAGAACCGGGUGAAAAAGGAGACGUGGGACCUAGAGGACCAAUGGGAGCAGCAGGGUAA